AUGUCAUUUCAGAGAGAGUGUAUAUCUAUCCAUGUUGGUCAAGCUGGUGUUCAGAUCGGUAAUGCCUGUUGGGAGUUGUACUGUUUAGAACACAAUAUACACCCUGAUGGCAAUAUGGAAUAUGAGAAGAUGAUGAUGUCUAAUGGUGAUGAAUCGUUUAAUACAUUCUUCAGUGAAACUAGCCAUGGUAAACAUGUUCCACGAGCCGUCUAUAUUGAUCUAGAAGCCAAUGUUGUAGAUGAAGUAAGAAAUGGAAAGUACAGACAGCUCUUCCAUCCUGAACAGUUGAUAAGUGGUAAAGAAGAUGCUGCUAAUAACUAUGCUAGAGGCCAUUACACUGUAGGCAAAGAAAUUGUGGACUUAGUCUUAGAUCGUAUCAGAAAAAUGGCGGACCAAUGUACAGGACUUCAAGGAUUUCUAGUUUUCCACAGCUUUGGUGGAGGUACCGGAAGUGGUUUUUCAUCACUUCUAAUGGAGCGAUUAUCGGUGGAUUAUGGGAAGAAAAGUAAAUUAGAAUUUGCUGUCUAUCCUGCACCACAGAUUUCCACGGCAGUAGUUGAACCUUACAACUCGAUCCUAACUACCCAUACCACAUUAGAACAUUCUGAUUGUGCUUUCAUGGUGGAUAAUGAAGCCAUCUAUGAUAUUUGUCGACGUAAUCUGGAUAUUGAACGGCCGUCCUACACUAACCUCAACCGCUUGAUUGGUCAAAUAGUCAGCUCCAUUACCGCUUCUUUACGAUUUGAUGGUGCCCUUAAUGUCGAUUUAACAGAAUUUCAGACCAAUCUUGUACCUUACCCAAGAGUUCAUUUUCCACUCGUGACGUAUGCACCGAUCAUUUCUGCUGAAAAAGCCUAUCAUGAACAAAUGUCGGUAGCUGAAAUCACCAAUGCCUGUUUUGAACCUUGUAACCAGAUGGUUAAAUGUGACCCGAGAAAUGGUAAAUACAUGGCUUGCUGUAUGUUGUAUCGAGGUGACGUUGUCCCCAAGGAUGUAAACUCUGCCAUUGCUACCAUCAAGACUAAGAGAUCAAUACAGUUUGUGGAUUGGUGUCCAACAGGAUUUAAAGUUGGUAUCAACUACCAACCACCCACUGUAGUUCCAGGGGCCGACCUAGCUCAAGUCCAAAGAGCUGUCUGUAUGUUAAGUAACACUACUGCUAUUGCCGAAGCUUGGGCUCGUCUUGAUCAUAAAUUCGAUCUGAUGUAUUCCAAGAGAGCCUUUGUACAUUGGUAUGUUGGUGAAGGCAUGGAAGAAGGUGAGUUUGCUGAAGCUAGGGAAGAUUUGGCUGCUUUAGAGAAAGACUAUGAAGAAGUUGGAAUGGAUUCUAAUGUCGAGGCCGAUGAUGAUGGUGAAGAAGGCGACGAAUAUUAG